UUAUAGUUUUCAACCGCGUAAAUGGUCGUGUGCCUUCGUGCCGUCUACCGUUGCGCUGUCCGACUGUUCACGCGAUCUCGAAAACAUUAUCAAUAUUAUUUUGUUACUGUGUAGUAUAUUCGUCGAAGUGAUCGUGGCGGAUAACACUCGGGACGCGUACUCUCAGUAAUCGGAGAACAGUGGAAAACAUCGUUAACAAAAUGUUGAUGAUGAACGACUUGGGUUCGAUGACGGCCGGCAUGAUACCGUUUGACCCCAUGUGUGGGGGUCUUUACGAGCAGCAUGCCCCCAAACCCCGUUUUAUAUUUAAAAUGCCCAGAGUCGUACCUGACCAAAGGAAUAAGUUCGAAACGGACGAAUUAUUCAGGCGCUUAAGUCGCGAGAGUGAUAUACGGUAUACCGGUUAUAGAGACAGACCGCACGAAGAACGUCAGAGCAGAUUUCAAAUUGGAUGUCGCGAAGGUCACGUAGACAUAGCAUUUACAGCGACCGGUACCAAUUUACAGUUGAUGUUUGCUCCGAACAUGCCAAUUACUUCAUAUCAGCCACCAACAAACGGCAUUUGCGAUUUUGAAAAGGAAUCAGGAGCGGUUCACAUACUGUCACACUUUAUAAUGAAUGGUGUGUGUGUAAGAUGGAAAGGUCGGAUUGAUUUGGACAAGUUGGAUGGGACUGGUUGUUUAGAAUUCGACGAAGAACGAGCAAUGAUUGAACAUAGAAUUUUACAAGAACAGAUUGAGAGGUACAAUGAUCGCAUAAGAGAUUAUCAAGACAAGCCUCGACCGUACAGAAACCAAGAUCGUGUUACCGAAUCUGAUAUGGAAAUAAACAGAAGAUUAAAUUAUUAGAUGUAUUUUAUUAAUUUUUGUUAUUACUUUAUACUUAUAUAUAUAAAUAUAUUGUUGUAUUAUACUAUUUAAUUAUAUAUUAUGAUGAAGAUUAUCCUAUGAAUUUAUUACUGAUUGCGUUUACACAAAAAAGGAAACGAUCAUUUAAUUUUAGCUACUCAUUAACGAUACGGUACUGUGUGUUAAAUGUUAAUAUUGAAAUUGAAGUAGUGUUUUAAUUUUUUAAAUUAUUGUACCAGUGUAACUCGACUUUAAUAUUAAAUGUAAUUAUGUAUAGUAAAUUUUUUAUUAAGAUCUCGCAAUAAAUUAAUUUGG